UUUCGAGGCUCAAGAUUGUUUGGCUUCCUUUCGAAAAUGGCUGCCGUAUUGGAUGAAGUAGGUAAAUCCGCCGACAAACUGGUGGACGAGGAAAAACGUGAAAUCGUCGACGAAGAGGAAGAUGAAACCGGCGCGGUAGAAGCAUCGAAGAAGAAAAAAAAAAAGAAAAAGAAGAAGAAAGCUGGAGCUGAUGAAGCUAGUGCAGGUGUUCCAGAGGGCGAAGAAGACAAAGCAAAAGAUAACACCACAGGCGAUGAACCCGCUAGAGAGAUGGCAGAAAAUGAUAUGGAAAUGGAAGAAACUAAAAAGAAGAAGAAGAAACGUAAACCACGUGGAACGGGAGGCGUUAAGCAGCAAACAGAUCCUCCAACUAUCCCCGUGUCGGAAUUGUUUCCAGAUGGAAAUUUUCCGAUAGGGCAGAUUAUGGAUCAUCCUUCUGCUGCGGGCGUGGAUGAUAGAACAGCGAAGGAUCGUUUCUCGAGCGAAGAAGCUCGUGCUUUUGAUAGAAUGCAUAACGACAUUUAUAACGAAGCGAGACAAGCAGCCGAGGCUCACAGACAAACGAGGAAGCAUAUUAUGAAAUUUGUAAAACCUGGAAUGACGAUGAUAGAGAUUUGCAACGAAUUGGAGAACACAGCCAGAAAAUUGAUAGGGGAAGACGGGCUUAAAGCUGGAUUAGCUUUUCCAACUGGCUGUUCUAGAAAUCAUUGCGCGGCUCAUUAUACUCCAAAUGCUGGAGAUCCAACUGUUUUAGAGUACGACGACGUUACUAAAAUAGAUUUUGGGACACACAUUAACGGACGAAUCAUCGACUGUGCAUUUACUCUGACGUUUAAUCCAAAGUACGAUAAAUUGAUCGAAGCGGUUCGCGAUGCUACAAAUACUGGGAUUAAGGCUGCCGGUAUAGACGUCCAUCUUUGCGAUGUUGGUGCCGCGAUUCAAGAAGUGAUGGAAUCGUACGAGAUCGAAUUGGAUGGUAAAACUUAUCCGGUGAAGUCCAUAAGAAAUCUCAAUGGUCAUUCAAUCGCUCCGUACCGUAUUCACGCUGGAAAAACUGUGCCAAUAGUCAAAGGCGGGGAAGCUACCAGAAUGGAAGAGAACGAAUUUUACGCAAUCGAAACAUUCGGAUCGACUGGAAGAGGACUCGUACACGACGAUUUAGACUGUUCUCACUACAUGAAAAGCUUCGACGCCGGUUUCGUCCCGCUAAGAUUGCAAAGUAGCAAGGUCUUACUCAACACCAUUAAUAAACAUUUCGGUACUUUGGCUUUCUGUAAACGAUGGUUGGAUCGCGUCGGUUGUACAAAGUAUCAGAUGGCUUUGAAAGAUCUUUGCGACAAGGGCGCAGUCGAAGCCUAUCCACCUCUGGUCGAUGUCAAGGGAUGUUACACUGCUCAGUUCGAGCAUACUUUGGUUUUACGUCCAACGUGUAAAGAAGUUAUUUCCCGCGGAGACGACUACUAAAGUGGAUCGCGUUGCAUAUAUUCAUACCUUCUGUCUAGGAAUGUACAAGUUGGUAUAUGUAAAAUCACUAACGUUAAAUGUUUACGAUUAAUAACGCGCGAUUUGAUUAUAUCACUUAACGAUACUUUAUUCAUUGUUUUCCUAUCACCGUUAUAAGCUAUAACUUUAACGAGAAACAAUCUUGAAAUAUUCCAAGUACAAAACGUAAGUGUCCUCGUUUUCAGAAGUAUUCAGUCAUGAAUCGUCAAUAUUUUUCUAUCGGGAUUAAUUUUCUUUGCCGAACUCGGUUCUUUUCUACGGAUUAGGAUACACGUAAAGAAUAAUAUCAAUAUUGAAUAAAAUAUAUUUGAUACUUUAAUUAUACCAAUGCGACGGUGGUCCUAAACAUGAUUGGUUUGCAUCUGUCAUAGGACAGAAUUUGGUGCACAUAACGCGGUGGUGGUAAAAUUCAAGUUAAACAUCUCAACUCGUUAAUCGGCUAUAUACUUUAUCGUUUCAUUUUUAACUCUGUUAAAUUUUACGUUAGAAUAAUAAGCAUGCUUUAAUUACGGUUUGGAAGUAAUAAAAUUGAAUACACUUUGACGCGCUAUUAUCGAUAGAAGAAUCUCUAGGUUCCAAUCAACGAUCACGUUCCUACAUUUCAGAGCGCUGUCAAUCGAAAUAGUAUAACGCAACAAUAUAUGUUUCAUUUCUUUUCCAAACUAUGAACACUGUAGUCUAAUAAAUGCUGCUACGUUAACGUAUAAAA